GUGGGCAGGGACCGUGUCCGGAGGUCCCGGGGGAAGCGAGGCGCGUGGGCAGGUAACCCCGGGGCGCUUCUCUCCUGAUCUCUUCCCAUCUCGCGUCGCAGCCGGGCCGGGGAGACGACGAUGGCGGGCCCUUUUCGGUGGAAGGCCGCGGUGCUCGUGCAGACCUCCAAGAGGGACCCGCUGGCGGCCGCCUGCGCGGGACUGUUCGCGGCCAAAGCGUCCCACCACCUGCUUCCCAACCGGACUUCGAGGCCCAUCUACGAGCACUGGCCGCGGGGCCGGCCCGUCCGGCUCCCUGAGGUCCUGCUGAGCCGCUUCCAGGAAGUCCUGCGGGAUGCGGGGCUGGCGGCGGGGCGGGAUUAUACCUGUAUAUAUUACCGCCUGGACCGGACCGCCGCCGCCAUCUCCCCCGGCUACGCCCGCGGCGGGCCGGAGUUUGACGACAGGACCUUGGCCUGCAACCGGAGCCUCCGCGGCCCGACGGGCAAGCGAGGGGAGGAACCGUACGGUCCCAGCGGCAACCUCUUCCCCCGGCCCUGGUUCGGAAUUCAACACGCCCCGUACACCUCCAGGAGAGACCGGAUCAAUAAUAACGAUGGUGUUUGUUAAGCACUUACUAUGUGCAAAGCACUGUUCCAAGUGCUGG